CCCGAGCGAGCGGCGAGCCGGGGGGGAAGGGGCCCGGAAGGAGGCGAGCGCGGCCGCGACGCCGGGAGCCGGACGCCUACCCGUGCCGGCCUGCCGCCGCCGCCUUCCCUGCCUGCGCCCGAGCCUGGAGUCCCGCGGCCGUCGAGACCGGAGCGCGGCGGUCGGGCGUGGGUUGAGCGGGCGAGCGGGGCCGGGAGCCGGAGGCCGCCGGCGGUCCUGCGCGAGGCGCGGUGGGCUUCUGCUUGCGAGAUUAGGCGAGGGGCGGAAAGGGAGGAAAAAGAGAGGCCGAGCGAGAGAAGCCAGGCGAUCGGAUUGUCCAGGAGGCUGGUGUGGAGGAAUAUCCCACAUCGAACUCAAAUCCACAAUAAUAAUCCAAACUAUUAAUAAUAAGGGAGUUUUUCUGGCCAGACGAGAGGGAGAACAGGGGGAACGGGAAGAAGCGAAAUCUCCGUUUCAUGGAGGCUGAGGCAAGAGAAAAUUUCGGAGCCUGGAUGUGGAGGAGCAAAACAGAACUAACUCAGGAAAUUGUCUUUCAGAAAAAGGCCGAACCUAGGCUGGGAAUCAGGCUGGUGUAGGUGGAGAAACCUGCAAGUUUAAAGGAAAAAGAAAAGGAGAGAAUAUUUUCAGAGAUUUUUCUCUGGUUUGUGGUAUUGCUACCAUUUUAAAGGAUUCUGGAACCGUGGAGACACUGAGAAACCAUGAGUGUAAGGUUACCCCAGAGUAUAGACAGAUCAGCCAGUAAAAAGCAGUCUCACCUGUCCAGCCCCAUUGCAGCCUGGUUAAGUAGCCUGUCUUUGGGAGAUUCAGCACCUGAACGCAAGUCCCCUUCCCACCACCGCCAACCCUCCGACACCUCUGAGACAACAGGUCUCGUUCAACGCUGUGUCAUCAUCCAAAAGGACCAGCAUGGCUUCGGCUUCACAGUCAGCGGGGAUCGCAUUGUUCUGGUGCAGUCUGUGCGGCCUGACCUGGAGAGGAAAGAACAAAAGGAUGGCUUGCAGUAA